GAAAAUAAUAUCGUCACCAUGAAGAAGCAGAUUUUUCUAGCUUUAGCUCUUUUUGCAGUGAUCAGCAGCGUGGAAUGCGAUUCCAGUGAAGACCUCCUGGAAGAAGUCAAAUUCAAACACGCCUUACAGUACGUCUCAACGCACAAAGACGAUAUUAAAAUAGGCAUCCAGAAACUGGAAACCCAAUGCCCUGGUGUUACCGAAAAAUUAAAACAAGCCAUCAAAUCCUUCAAAGAGUGCGCAGACAAAGUUGACGAUUCCUUGACGGUUUGUCAAGCCAUCCAGAGUUACACCUUAAACUGUACAACCCCCUUGCUUAAAGUAAUCGACGACUGUGUACCUCCAAAGGCUAGAGGCUUACCCAAAUUUGCUCUCGAAAGCCUUGUUUCGGUAGCCGACUACUUGUGCAAGCAACCCGGAGAAUCAAUCUUUGAACUGGGAAAUCCGUGUCUGUGGCAGGACGCCGAGGGCGAAGAACACGAGCAAUGUGCCAAAAACUUGAAAGAGAUCUCGGCGAAGGUCGAACAAUCUGACACUAUCCCAAGCAAAGAGGAGAUUUGUGGCGUCCUGACUGGUGUAAGGGUUUGUGUGCAAUCAGGUGUCACAGCUAACUGCCAAAACCAAAAAACUAGGAAUGCCGUUAUCGGGUUUUUUGAUGCCGCAGUGGCUCCUUGUAAACAGAUCCCGCUGGACGCUUUGACUUCCCCGGACAAGACUUUGACUUCCAUCACGAACAAUUUCCUCUAAAUAUAAGCCAAGAAUUUUGUGUGACGACAUUUCCAGUGAAAACAUCGAAGAGAUAACUAAUUUCAAAUUUAUCUUUCGUUGUGUUUUUGGAAUUCCACACAACACAGUAAUUAAGUACUUUUUAAUAGGAGUUUAAGUGUAAUGUAACAAGUAAUAAAAAAUUUGCGAUUUUUGAA